AUGUCAUCUUUAAGCUUACCUACUAUUCGUCGUCGGCGAAAUUAUGUACAAAAAUUUAUUGAAAAUAUUGACUCAUUUAAUAAAGCAACCGACGAAGUGCUUGAAGAAAAGAAGACUACCGGUGGAAUCAUUUCUGGAAUCAGUUUCAUCAUUAUUGUAAUCCUUAUUUUCAUGCAGUUAAAUGCUUAUAUUUUUGGUGAAGAUGAUUAUAAUUACAAAUUUUCUAUCGACACAAAUUUCAGUGAUCACCCAUAUUUGGAAUUGGACAUGGUUGUCGCAACUAGUUGUUCUAAUCUUAUAGCUCAUUUCUACGGUUCUUUAUCUGAACAAUUCACUGUUGGACCAACAUUAAAAAAGGAUCCAACUCGUUUUGAUUUUACAGAAAAAGAACUUUAUUAUUGGGAAGAAUUGAAAAAAGUGCAUAGACAGAUAAGAUCAGAUAGUGGCACGCAUUUUAAUCGCCUCGAAAAGAUGGCAUUUGUGAGCCAAGCAGUUGAAGAAGGUUUAAAAUCAGAAGCUGACGGUAAAUUAUUAGAUCAGAAACGAAAAAAUAAGAAAAAAAAAGCCAUUCAUCAUUUUGAAGAAAACGCAGCUAUAUUUUUCGUCAGUAACGGCAUUAAUGUUCUUCAUAUUGUCGCAAGUGGCUCGCAGAAUAUGGAUUCAAAAGCGUGCCGAAUUCAUGGGCGUGUGCAAGUUAAUAAAAUUAAAGGCGACAAUAUAGUUGUUUCAUUGGGGAGCGAAAUUGGAAUCGAGAAUUUGUUGGCUCAAUUUUCCGGAAUACCUUUCGAAGGUAAUACAUCUCAUCGAAUUGAACGCCUCAAUUUUGGACCGCGUAUUUUUGGUGCAAUAACCCCGCUUGCAGGCACAGAACAAAUUUCUCUCUCAGGAAAAGAAGAGUAUCAUUAUUUCUUAAAUAUUGUGCCUACGAAAAUAUAUCACAAUGGUAUUUUUGGUGGUCAUACUUUAGUAUACCAAUAUUCAGUAACUUUUACGAAGAAAGUUCCCAAAAAUACACCAGAUUCACAUACUCAUGCUGGUAUUACUAUACAUUAUGAUUUUGCUCCCACUGUUAUUGAAGUUCGUCGUGUAAGAAUGUCCAUUUUGCAAUUGGUCUUCCGUAUUUGUUCUGCAGUUGGCGGAAUUUUUGCCACAAGCUCUCUGCUAAAUGGAUUGAUUGUAUAUAUUUGUGAUACAUACAGAAAAUUUAUCGUAUCUGGAGCCGAUUUGCUCAAAACGACUAAGCGUAGGGAAAAUUUGAUCUUUAGCAUGUAA